AUGGCUUCAAGGGGAAGACAUCCAUACAACCGCCCUCAAGAAAUUCAAGUGCAGUGCAUCUCCACGAGAACAUCUUGCCGGGGCACUGCUUUUGAAGUGGCAGAUGGAAAAAUUAAAGUUUCGGCAGAAACCAUUACCACCAUGUAUGCACUUUGGGAUGGCAGUAGCAUGUAUACAAGCCCCCAAAGUGCAAACAAGUACGAGUUUCAGGAGGGCUGUCAUUACGUCUUGAAAAACCAUGCCAUCUCCUCCAUUCCUGGCCGAAAACGUCUGUUUGUAAAUACAAACACCAAAUUAUUCAAGGGGUCAUCCACAACAAUUACCGAAGAGCUCCAAAAGCUCGGUGAUGAAGCCCUGGUUCCACCCUCAAAGGUUUCCACUGGGACUGAACCAGAGAUGUAUUCAUCUGGAGAAUACGUAACCUUGACAGGGGUUAUUGAAAAGUUGCAUGUGGUGAGAAUAGUUUCCGGAAACGUUCCUGUCCUUGACCUUACCCUCAAAUGUGGUAGUAAGAGCGUUAACUUGUCCUUGUGGCGGGACGAGGCUUUAGCCGAUCUUCAACUAGACAUGGAUGUGACCAUCACACACCUAAGACCUGCCAAAAAAGGAGAGGAGAAACUCAAUUCGUCGACAUACACAACUAUAAAGGUUCUUGAUGCCAAACCAGUCUCUGAAGAGAUCCAGGUCAUUGGAGUCUCUGAGGUGCAGGAUGGCCUCCAGUUGGUAGCGGAUGAUUUCCAGGAGUUUUUUCUCCCAUCCGAGGUCCGCACAUGUGAAUGUGAGACCUUGUCCGAAAUGGCUCCUUUUAAAUUGCAGAUUGAGCACGUGCGCAACAUCAUUAGCACAGUGGAGUUCCCCGUCUGAAUGGUUGUAAAUAGUUGAAUUAAUUAUUUUUUUAAAAAAACAUCGUUAUACUUACAUUUUAUGAAUUGGUUUGAUAAUUUGUUAUCCAAAUAGUUAUGUAUGCACUUUGAAUUUUUUUUUAAUGCUGUUCCCUAUGUUAAUAAAAAUAAAAAACACAAUGUGAUUAUUUGUAACAUGAUCUAUUAAAUUAAUGCACUAAUUUUUUUUAUCAUUGUCUCCCUAAUAUCUCUUUUCGUAGAAAUAAGCCUUACAAUGCUAGUAAUGUUGAUUUGAUAUGCAAAUGGAAUUAGAUAAAAGUAUCUGCUUAUUAAGUAAAAUAC